UCCAACCAAGAUUACGACACGGCAACCUCUCCCUAUAAAAUCUCUGCUCCUAAUCCCCCUUUUCCCUCAACAAACUCAAGAAGAAGAAGAAGAAAUAUCAUAUAUAUCGAUCGGCAUGGCGGGGAAAAUGAUGAAGCUAAUUGCGGCGGCGGUGUUGGCCUGGGUGGUUGUGUUGGCGGCGGCGCCAUCCGCUUCCGCGAACUUCGCGAAACUGGGGUGCAUCGCAAUGUGCAUGAGGGAAUGUAGGGUGGUCGGAUUGCCAGCCCCGGCCUGCCUGAAAUUCUGCCCGAAGCACUGCGAUCCGCCGCUCCCCUCGCGUCCCGUCUUCCAUUGUACCCUCGACUGUCUUAACCAAUGCGUGUCUAGUCAAAGCACCCGCAACAACAAUAAUGAUGAAGAGAAACAGGAUACCUGUAUAACCAGCUGCAAAAAUGAGAAAUGCGGUCCAACUCCCUAGAAUUUGAUUAAAUUCAAAAUGUACCCCAAGUUGAAGCCACAUAAAAAUGUGCCUUUUAUUUAUUUUUAUUUUUAAAUAAAAUGUAUUUCUUAAUUAGGUUUUAUAGUUUCUUUUUUCCCUACCUUCUGAAGAAUCAAUUUCUGUUAUAUUUUCAUUUAUAAAUAAAUGUUAUGUGGCUUCACAAG